CGUCUGCUUUUAAUUCUCACUCGGUGUGAGAAGAAAAUUUUUUCUUACGUGUCUUGUAUAUCAAACAAAAUGGUGCGGCAAAUAUUUAAGCCUUUAAUUAGCAAUUUUUGUUUACUUCUCUUGAUCCUCAACCUAAAUUGGGUUACUCCUGAGCUAAUCAAUAAAAAUGUUGAUCGUAUCUUAGAUCUCUCCACCCAGUUGGCUAAAGAAACGCUAAAAAUUAGCGUCACCGAUGAUGCCGGCAAACAAUUUAACAAGUACUCAUUAGUCAUUCCUGAAGAAUUUGCAAACUCCUUGUCCUAUGUCUCUGUCAAAGAUGCCCGUAAAAAGGAAUUAAACGUACGUAGAGUUGAAAAGGAUCAGCAAAUAUAUAUAAAUGUUGAAUUGCCCACGGCCGUCAACAAUCAAGAGUUCUUUGUGGAAUUAGUCUAUAGUCAAGUGAUUAAACCAUAUCCUGUGGAAAUUAAACAAUCCGAAAAACAAUUGGUUAAAUAUAAUGGUUUCUUGUACUUCUAUACACCCUACAAGACCGUCGAACAGAAAACUCAGGUGGUUUUAAGUUCCUCCAAUGUGAUUGCCUACAAUCAAACAAAGCCUUAUAACUUGGCCGGUAGUAAAAUUAAAUAUGGACCUUAUGAAAAUGUAGCAGCUUUUACCAAGGAAAAUCUCUACAUUCACUACGAAAAUCAAAAUCCCUUUAUGACCGUCAAUCGUUUGGAGCGUACCAUACAAAUAUCACACUGGGGUAAUAUUGCCGUCGAAGAGAAUAUACAAUUAACUCACUCAGGCGCUCAAUUGAAGGGAUCUUUUUCACGCUAUGAAUUCCAAAAAGAUGGACGCUCUGGUCAGGCUGCUAUUAAAUCUUAUAAAACCAUGUUACCCGCCUCCGCCUUUGGUGUUUACUAUCGCGAUAGCAAUGGCAAUAUUUCCACCUCCAAUAUGAAUGUAUUGCGCGAAUAUGUAGAUGUUGAAUUGAGACCACGUUUCCCCCUAUUCGGUGGCUGGAAAACUCAAUACACUCUCGGCUAUAACAUACCCUCCUUUGAGUAUUUAUUCAAUAAUGGUGGUGAUUAUGUUCUUAAAAUGCGUUUAAUUGAUCAUAUUUACGACGAUAUGUUUAUUGAUGAAGCUGUUGUGAACAUCAUUUUACCCGAGGGAUGCACCAAUAUUAAAUUGAAGACUCCCUAUUCAGUACAAAGAAAAGAUGAUGGUUUAACCUACACCUAUUUGGAUACAUUUGGACGUCCUACUAUAACCUUUACCAAAAGGAACUUAGUCGAAAAUCAUAUUUCCAACUUUGAAUUGCGUUAUAAUUUUUCGAAAAUCUUGCUGUUACAAGAACCUUUAUUAAUUAUUUCGUUUGUUUUUAUCAUAUUUAUUUUAACGAUUAUUUUCAAACGUUUAGAUUUCUCCAUUUCAACACAUUCGCAUAAGGAUUAAGAAGGCAUAUUAUAAAUGUGUUAAUAAGUUUACAACAUAAUUUCCUUUAAUUUUUUUAAUAAAAAAAAUACUAACGAAACAGCUAACAGCUGUUUUUGGGAAACAAAA